AUGUCGCAGGCAGAUAUUGAUGUUAAUUUGCAGCAUAUUGAAAAAGGAAUGCAAGAAUUGUCUUUUGCUUCAGAUGUUUCUGUCACAGCUCCGAACUUCACUUUGACAUCUUCCCUCUCAACGCAGACUUCUGUGGACGUAAGAAGUAAUUUUUAUUGUGGUAACUCAGCUACAUCAUUCGACUCCAACCCGGAUACUGCUCGACCAGUUGAGCAGAAGCAGUAUCAACUUUGGAGUACACCACCAUGGAACGCUUUGCUAGAACAAGGAGUUAAUAAUAAUCAAGCAAACAUUACUUCUACAUGGAAUUCACUUUUGGACCAUUAA